AUGGGUAUCCCAGGUCUCAACGGUCACGCAGCCACUGCCCCGGGCGCCGGACCUAAAGUUGCUAUCAUCGGAGCGGGGUUGACGGGUCUUAUCACCGCACACGGACUCAAGAAGCACGGAUUCGAUGUUACUGUCUUCGAGCGUGAUGCAGGCAUCGAUGCGCGGCCGAGGGACUGGACGAUCCUCAUCCACUGGGGCAUGUCAACUCUCACCGAGAUGCUGCCCGAGCGCGUCCUCAAAAGCUUCCCCCAGGCCUUCUGCAACCCGUACCUGGAAUUCAACGAGUGGGACGAGAGCAUUCCCGGAUACAAUGGCAACAGCGGCGAGAUCCUUUUCCGGAAUCCUACUCCCGGCGCCCGGCGCGUCAGCCGUCGUCGGUUCCGGAAAGUCCUCGUGGAGGGACUCGAUGUUCAGUGGGGCAAGGUUCUCAGCGCUCUAAAUCAGAUCGACGAUGAUACCAUUCAACUUGAGUUUGCAGAUGAGAGCAAAUUUGAUGCGAACUACGUCUUCGGAACCGACGGUGUGUCGUCAAAAGUUCGAGAACUUCUCCUAGGAAUAGAAGCUGCUAAGCCUGUUCCCUCCGGAUUCAUGAUUGCUAAUUGCAACGUGAACUACGGCGAUGAAGACAAGGUGAAAACUAUCCUAAAGGCGCAUUCGGUGUGUGCUUUGAUGCUUGGCUCUGGGGUGAUGGCCGGAUGUGGUGUGAUGUCCGUGGAUGACCCCAAAGACAUCGCAUCAUGGGAAACAUUCUGGGUCAGAGUCUGGAAGGGAGAGUCUAUAACGUUGAGCGGUCAAAAAGCCGUCGACUACAUCAAGAGCGAUCUGAAAGGGCUCUGCGAGCCUUUCCGAUCCGCGGUUGAAUGGACACCCGAGGGAAGCCCCUGCUACAUUGAUGAGAUGAAGUACUGGCUCCCGUCAGCUUGGAAUACCUACGAUGGAAAGAUCACACUUGCAGGAGACGCUGCGCAUCCGAUGCUUCCAUUUCGAGGUCAAGGUCUACAACAUGCCAUCAUAGAUGCCCACAAAUAUCUUCAUGCGCUCGUCAUGCUGAGAAAUGCCGGAGACAACGCCAUGAGGGAGGAAAUGAUGACACUGUACGGCGCUGAUGUCGUUGCUCGUGGAUGUACGGCCGUCGCACAAUCGCUCAGUGAAGCCAAGAACGCACUCAACGAGGAGACUGUCGGGAAUAUGCUUAUGGUAACUCAAGGCCAUACGAGAUCUGUUUGA